CUUCUGAUUACUUGUCAGAGGCUUAUACUUUUAGCUUCCCCCAUCCUGCAAGGCCAUUCAGCCAUGUGCCAGCUGGAGUGAUCUCUGCGCACAAUGUCUUUACCAAGGCUCAUGCACCAGAGCAGCAAUGGCAAUUUGGUGGACGGCUGUGCUGGCCCAGCAUGCGGCUCAUACUGCCUACUCACAGGCAGCUUUUCCAUGGAUGACAAUAGGCGGAUUCAAAUGCUGGCCGACACUGUGGCCACUUUGCCUCGGGGACGAAAGCAGCUUGCUUUGACGAGAUCAAGUUCUUUAGGUGAUUUUGCCUGGUCUCAAAGAAAGCUUGUUACUGUGGAGAAGCAGGAUAAUGGAACAUUUGGAUUUGAAAUUCAGACUUACAGGCUCCAGAACCAGAACACCUGCACCUCAGAGCUGUGCACUCUGAUCUGCAAAAUCCAGGAGGACAGCCCAGCGCACUGUGCUGGCCUGCAAGCCGGUGAUAUCCUUGCAAAUAUCAAUGGUGUGGGCACAGAAGGCUUUACCCACAAGCAAGUUGUUGACCUGAUCAGAUCGUCAGGAAACCUGCUAACGAUAGAGACUCUUAAUGGAACAGCAAUUCUCAAGAGAGCCGAGCUUGAAGCAAAGCUGCAAAUUUUAAAGCAAACCUUGAAGAAGAAAUGGGUGGAGUUCAGAACUCUGCAGUUACAGGAACAGCGCCUGCUUCAUGGUGAUGCAGCUAACUGCCCAAGUUUGGAAAACAUGGACAUAGAUGAAUCAAUUUUGUUUGGAACCCUGCCCGGGGCAGGUUCAGCCCUCCCGGACCGGAAUCGAUUAUCCAGUGAGAGCAGCUGUAAGAGCUGGCUGAGCUCCAUGACAAUGGACAGCGAGGACGGCUACCAGACAUGUGUGUCUGAGGACUCGAGCAAGGGAGCCUUCAGCAGGCAGACAAGCACCGAUGAUGAGUGCUUUGUCCUCAAGGAUGGGGACGAUUUUCUGAAGAAGUCAUCUUCCAGGAACCGGAGCAUCAGUACUGCCAGCAGUGGGUCCAUGUCUCCCAUGUGGGAGAGCAACUUCUCAAGCAUGUUUGGGACUCUACCCCGAAAAAGCAGAAGGGGGAGCGUCCGGAAACAACUCUUGAAAUUCAUCCCUGGCCUUCACCGCCCUGUGGAAGAGGAAGAGAGUCGCUUCUGAGGGGUUGCGAUGCCCCUUCCUAUGAGCUUAUUUCAUAAAUACCUUCUGGACUUGUUUAGAUCAACUCCACCCAGCUUAGUGGGAAAGUGCAAAUGAAUUGCAAAACUGACAUCCCAUUUUAGGCAAUAGUGACCUUUAUUUAAAGUUUUUCUAUCGUGUUUUUUUUUUUUUUUUCUGCAUCUUAAUGUUUUAACUAGAACAGCUGAAGUUCUAAGCAGACAGCAAGGAAAUAAAGUUGUAAGUUAGAUAAUAUAACAAAAGAACACAAAUGCUUGCUCAUGUUAAUGCUGCCUGUGAAGGCAAGAGUAAUAUUUAUUUUGUAGAUUAUCCAUGUGAAAAAUUGAGAACUUUGGAGUCCAGUGUAAAUAAGAAAGUGACAAUAUAAUUAUUUGGAAUACCUUCUGUAGGUAAAUAAGUAGGUAUCAAAACGUUAUGUUAACUUAAGCUCAGAAACCUUUGGGGAGGCUUAAAAAUAGGCAAUUUUGAAUGUUUCUAUUGAAAUCUCUGAAGGAUUAUAAACAAAGAUGACCAUCAGCCAUUUUUCACAUCUACAGUGACAGUCAAGUGGGAAAUGUAAGAUUUAAUAUGAGGGUUUAAGCUUCCUGAGAUCCAUGGAAAGAUAUUGUCUAAGGUGGGUACUGAGGAAGAUUAUAAUAAGUUUGGUGGUUUUUUGUUUUUUGUUUUUUUUUAGGCAGCCUAAACAAAAUGGGUGGAAAUGUUAUUCUUACUUGAUUCAUUUUUUAUUCUAUCUAAAUAUUGAACUGGCAAGAUUUUAUAGCUUUGUAAUUUUUUUAAACAAAUCUAAAAUGUGAAAAACUAGAUUCAGGAAGAGGAUUUUCCUCCUGUAGAUUUUUUCCAUAUCACUCCUUACAUUAUGUUAUAUAUUUUAAAUAGUUAUUGCCUCGGCACUCUUGAGCCUAUUAGUUAUGUUAGUAUCAUAUUAUGUCUAGCCACUCAAUAGCAUUUUUUUUCAAUGCCUAUUAAAGUCCAUAAUUUUUCUGUUCUGGUGAUACAGCUGCUCACUGCCUCUAUUCUAGAGUAAAUAACCCUGGCAAUAUAAUAACUAGCCCUUACUGAUUUGAGUGUGUGUGUGUGUGUGUGUGUGUGUGUGUGUGUUUGGGAGAAAUAGAGUCAUUUGAUAGUUGACUUUAAGUGGAAAAUCUACACUCAAAUAAACUGAGGGAAGAAUGAAUCAUUUGAGAAAAAAAUAGAGAAGAGGGUUAGAAAGCCUGUAGGUUAAGAACAAAAUAAUAAAAUAAAAGUGAUCUCUAAUUGAGACCUGCUCUCUAUUAAUUCUUUGAACUCAGAAGCAUCCAGUGGGCUCUACUUGAGAAUCACUCAUACGAAAAGCAGAGUGCAGCAUGUUUCACAGAGACAAUAGCUAUCCUGCCUACAAUUACAGACUGCCUAGUAGGUUAAAAAUGGUUUCUGUGCGAUCCCUGACAUAACCCUGGAGAUAGGUGUUAAGCAUGCCCUCAGAAGCAAAAAUUUGCAGACAUCCCCAUAGGCAGUGGCAGGGCUGAAGUUGGAAGCCAGUUCUUCCUGUCUCUCGCCUAUCAUUAUAGUCUCCCUAGAUGUCGUUUACCCUUUUUGCUGGUUCUGUGUAGUUAUUUUAUCACCACAAGCCACAGGAGGAUAUACUCUCCCUCCAAGAAUACAUAAACCAUGCAAUUGUAGCUACUGCAUGGAAAAAGAGACUGGUUUUGGUAAAUAGGAAAACAAACACCUAUUUAGGGUGAUUGUCCUGGUCUGCAUUAGCAAGUUUUCAGAUAUAGGCACAUUUCUAACUGCAUGGUUAGCAAUACAUUUAUUUUCAACCAGGGCUAGCAAAUGGGCUGUGAUUCAACUGAUAGAGCUUACUUCUUAUCAUGGACUAGAAUUAUCCUGUCAGAGAUCUGCUUACACAAAUGCAUUUCCUGUGAAUCCUAUUUCACAGAGUUCAGCAGAAGGAAAUACCACAUUUAUUUGAGGAAAGAUGACUUUAGUCUUCUGUGAUGUGAGCAAUGUUUUGAGAACCACCAUGGGUCAUCUGGGAAAGCAGACCACAGGUCAUUUACUUUUCUUGUGGCUUUAAGUGUUCAGUGUAGUGCAAUUCUUCCUUCUUACAGUCACCAACCCCUCACAAAAGGCCCAGGGAAGGAACAGAGAGUCACACUGUUGUCUGUGAUAAGAUGGACUAGAGUCAAGAGUCAGUUAUGUUCUGGAAAAAAAGAAAAGCACUUUAUAACCAGAAUACAGGAAGGGAGGGUAUGACAUGUGUGUUCACAAGUUGUAAGAAAACUAGCUGUUGUUCAGUGGAAAUGUGGGUAAUAGCUUUUCAGACUGAGUGUGACCUUAGGAGGGCUUUAGAUUUCAUUUCCCUGCUUAGAUGCAAGAUGACUCACUUUGAUGUAAUUUACUAAGAAAAUGGUUGAAAAGUGCUUUUUUAAACUCCAAACUUGUCAAAUAUGUAAUAUUGGUGAUUAGCAUUAAUUGACAAUUUGUUAUGAAAAUGUAUUUGCAAGUAUGCACUGAUAAACCAUAAUUUGAAUCAAGCAUACUGGGAAUUUCAUUGUUAUGUGAUUAAAGUAACAUCACCAUGUCAAAAAGUUAGAAAUUAUAUUUUUGAAAUAAAACUUUAUUUUCACUUU